GGAAAGACGAGGUUGCCUGCCCACAUAACCCGCCUACCUCUCAGUUCUCCGCUUACCGAAAAUUCGUUUGAAUAUUGCUGCAUUCACGACGUUUGAUCGAAUGAGAGAGCGCUCGCUCGAAGUGUGCUGAGAGUGAGAACGGUAUUUUACAUGUUGGAGAAAUAAGGAUUUCGAAGUAGAUAAGCGUUUGUUCCAUACACCGAGAAGCCGUGGCUUCGAAUUUCUACGAAUAAUUCCGAGUUGUUUUAAAUACGAGCUAUUUCCUCCAACGUGCACGCCUUCCUCCACUCCGGCCCCUCAAUUAUUUCAUCGGCUCGAUCCGCGAGGAUGACGCGCAGCGGUUUAUAUCUACUUCUAUAAAAGGAAAGAACUUUGGCGCAGCCGUCGGUCGUACGUGAAACGUACGGAUUUCCACAUCUGAGACAUCCUGUAUCCAAUGGCAGAUCAAGACACUCUCAAGGAUGCGAUCUUGGUCGGAAAACGGUAUUAUUAUCCGCGUCUUUAUCUUAUAGAGAAAUUUCGCUUCAAGUGACCACGUUCAAUCGAUAUCACAUUUCGAAUCCCCCAUGUGUUUUAAUUAUGACGAGUAUCCAGGAAAGAAAUAAACCCGUCAGCGUAGCUGAAUUUUUUCACGUCGCCUGGAAACCGAAGGAAAAUUCGGUUGUAUAAAUAGAGAGAUUUCCACGGGAGGUUUCCGCUCGGCCAAUUUUUCUCAGUUGUCUCGAUCGAGUUUUAAUGCGAUUUACUGUGACCAGAGUGAUCAGAAGCCUGCGAGAAUCUUGCAACUGAAUUUUCAUCUGGUCCCCGGGAAAAACGGGGGGAAAUUCAGUUACACCGACGGAAUUGUAUUUCCCCGUGCUUUCCCCGUCCUUUCUCAUUUCCAGUUAUGCCUCUACGCCGGAUAGACGCGACUUAGAGGGAAAAAGGCUGCCUCCGCCACUGCCUGUCCCAUCUAACGGGCGGACCUCGCGGGAAGGACGCGGCGGCGACUCAGUCGACGAGGGGACGCCGUGUCGCGAGGAUCAACAGGUGCGAACUCCCGAGCAGCAUGGUAACCAGACAAAGAUUGAAACCGUUGGAUCAAAUCUUGGUAAUUGCCAGCGAAACCAGGCGUCCUUCUUUCAGUGUGUACAACUUAGUGUUGAAGAGAGCAGGCGCAAAGUUCCAGGACUAGUUCAGGGAACAUUUACGUCUGCAGCCGCCUGCUCGUCGUACUCGCCAUGCUCCUCGUCGAGGUGCAAUGCGGCGACAUCCUGCGCAAGAGCAUCGUCUUCGACAAGAACACCCCGGACGUGUUUUACUGUCCGCAACACAAGCCGAUCGGUUUCGAGAAGAUGCUAGUCAAGGCGCGGCCGUUGUCCAGGCUCUGCCAGUUCGAGGGUCGGCCGAUACCUGAGGAUUACAAGAGCGACUGCUACAACGACGUGGACGAGACCGAGUACGCCUGCAAGGAGAAGUACAGGAUCAUGAUGAGACUUCAUCCGCCGGGAAGCGACACGCCUUAUAACGGGACACGCCUGUCCAAGUUCUUGGCCUUCGACAAAGACUUACCGUACGCGCGGAAGAAUCAGGUGUAAGGAAUAAGAGAGAGAGAGAGAGAGAGAAAGCGGCUGUACGAUUCCAAGGCCGCGAGACGGAGAGACGACGCCUGUGUUGCGAUUUGUAGUCGCCCAGAGUGUUCGCACGCUUUUGAACCUCAGCCUCAGCACGUUCGAUACGACGACGAGUAUCGGUCGGACAGUUCCUGCAAUCCAGUAAUUAACACUUCUCCGACGGCACAACGGCGCCCCCAGGUAGAGCAGGAAAUUACGAUGACGCGGAAAUGACGUCGAGAUGAUGAAAAAAAUCAGUCUUGCAGACAUUUUUUGUCGUUCUCUCUUCCACCUGAGGUGGAACGCUGCGCUUUACACGGACUUCGCAACGUCGCCAGUGAAGCGCGUUUUCUCUCUCUCUCUCUCUCUCUUUCUCUUACGCGGAAAAAGAUGUCUCAGUUCCUGCGGAUAAAUGAGGACCGGAUGAAAACUCGACGGCGAGAAAGGACGUCUCUGUUCACCGCGACUGAGAACACUUAACGUGUGUGAACGUUCAGUUGCGUUGAGAAACUCAAACGAGACAACUGAGAGAGACGAUUGACCGAGCAGGAACCUCCUAAAAGUAUCUUUCUGUUCCUGCAAUCGAGUUCUUGCCUGGUUCCCGGGCAACGAACGAUUAGUCAUAUCAACGGAAAUCAACCCUUGUCGACGAAGUGUUAAUGAGAGAGAGAGAGAGAGAGAGAGAGAGAGGGAGAGAGAGUCAAUUUAUAUAUUUAUAUAGCGGUCGAUCGUGCGGGCGGGUCCCACAUAAUGAUCGCUUCUAUUUAUUUUCACCGCUUAUUCUCGCGAUGCUUGCCUCAAACCACCUAACGUUCCUAACGUUCGGUUUAACGCAAGUGGACGAACGUGAUUCCCGUCGUACAGUGCGAGAUUUUCUUCGUGUAACAUAGGUCAUGCGGUUAUCCCUUUCGUUUGUUCGUAACUUGUACACUUAUAUAGGCGGAACAAAGAGAGUAAUAUAUUUACGGAUAUACAUAUAUCCCUCGUAUAUACACGCUGAGUUACCUGAAAUCAAUAAAUAUCCAGCGUUAAUAUGCGUGACUAAAGAAUGUGUGUAAUUCGUGCAGAUCAAUAUAUUAAUACAUUUAUUAUAGGAUGACAUCCUCAAGAAUAGUUCCCCGAUGUUGGAGCGGGUUACAAUAUAAUUUACGUUGCGGUAUUUAGUCGAAGAUGUGUGUGUGUGUGUGUGUGUGUCAGAUACACUGGACGAGUUGAAAUCUCAAUCGAGAUUCGUCUCGAGCCGAGAGGCCGCCUUAUAAUUUGUCAACCCGGUGCGCUUAUCGUUACUGCGAAUAACGGCCUUACGAACUACAUGUAAAAAUUAGUCAUUCAAUUAUGCACUAUAAUUUUUUCUCUAAGAAACGCGCGCUAAUUAAUA